AGUAAUAGAUGAAACGUUAGUAGGAUGACAAGAAACGCAAGUGACGUUAUACCUACCUAGAAGAAAUUUUAAUUUGUGUCUGGCUUCUCUUUCAGAUAAUUUUAGCUGUUCAAUGUAGAGAAUCGUUCGAGUUUUACAUAUUAGUUACCGAGUAUUAGACUUUCUUUGUUCUUAUCAAAAUGACGCCAGUUUAGGAAAGUUUUACGUUUAUUAUUGUAAUCGAGUGUUUUUAUCUUUGAUGUGUACUCAGGACUUGGUUAAGCAAUUAUGUCUGACCAGAAGAGAAAUAAUACAAGCAAGAAUAAUGAGAGAGACAAUCAGUUUUCGUUCACGACCGGUGCUGCGGUGGGUUUGGUAGGCGUAGCGUUCGGCGGCGCGCUGUACUACAUGUCACGUCAAAUGACUCAGGGAAACCCGCAACCUGAAGAGGAAACACCACCAGCAACUACGACACAAACCAACUCCUUGCCUUCUAGAACUCGAACCAAUGCUACUGCAUGGACAUCCAGUCAGAAAAACUUUAAUAGCAAAAUGCCCGACGAGAGCGAAAAUCGUACUGACGGGAAUAAAGACAAAGCUAAGGAGUUUCUGACGGUGUUCACUGGUGUGUUUGGAGUGUUGGACUUUGUUCACGAUGGGCAGCUGAGCUAUAUAGCUCGGUCACUGGUACGGAAGCCAAGACCUGCUGACCAAGGAACGCCCGAGGAACAAGAACCUACUGCAUCGACAUCGACACGUUCCGAUCCGGUUUCCUCGUAUCUUAGUGAUUUAAUCAACAGAAUUUCCACAUCAGGGGACACAAAGGAAGCUCCAGAAAACCCCGAUAUCACCAAUUUGAACUCCCUGCUAUCAGACAUCCACGUCAGAUACAGCAAACAGAAAGAGUUCGAUCUCCACUACAAAGUGUUCGACGCCAUUUUCUUAAAACUACACACGAAAAUGAAGGAAGUGGAUCCGUAUUACCGGAAAUAUGCAAGCACGGUAUUUUUAGGUCCCGCUAGCUGGCAACCACUACGGCAUAAUAUACACAUAAAGAAACCUGAUAAAUUUGACAUGGAUAUAGUUAUUGGUUUGCCCUGGAACAUCGAAACUGAUGCUUUGAACCCAACUGAGAGCGGCAUUAUCAUCGAGCCGACAUCAGCUGGCUUCGUCCAGCUUAAGAUGGGCGUCCAGUUCCAACGGCUGCCGAUGAGAGACAAGGAAGAAUGGCUGAUCAACAGAGCCGCGUUUCAAUGGAAGGAUGACUCUAACUACCUCCUUCGGUCAAAAUUCAACGAUUGGUUUAAAAGUGUUGUGAACAAGGCAUUAAACAAAUUCGAGGUGUCUGGCAACCGACCUCUGUAUUACGUCGAAGGCGUGCCUUACAUUAUAGACAAAUCUGAGUCAGGUCCGGCUAUGACGCUUCUGAUUAGCAACAAAUCUAGAAAGUUCAAACUGGACGUCGAUCUUGUGCCGUGCCUGAAGUUCCCGGAAGAUCGGUGGCCCAUCGGUAAGAGCUAUCGGCAAAUCCCACAAAAAUGCAAGAAGUACUAUUGGAUGGUCGUCGGCAAGCCCAACAAGGAGUCUCCUAGCGUGCUCGGACAGCUGAGGUCCUGGCGUUUGGCUCUUCAUAACCAGGAGAGGGAAUUAAUGAACGAUUCUUAUGACUUCCUCCUCUUCAAAUCGAGUCAAACAAAAGAAAACUGCUCACGACAAGCUAUUUGGCUGAUGAAAAAGCUACGAGAAUCGUUGGGAAUGGAAAUAAUUACAUGUUACCAUGUAAAAACCCUAUUUUACUGGAAUGCGGUAGAAAGCAUGGACGCAGAUUAUUGGAGGAAGAACAAUCUUGCGAGCCUGUUCAAGCUGAUGGUGGGGAAACUGCACCAGGCUUUAGUGGUGGGGAAAAUCCCUUACUUCUGGAAUAAGGACAACAAUCUGAUUGGCAAUGUUGACAGGAAGGUCCUCAAUGAAUACUUGUUGAAACUAGUGCCGCUUAUAGAUAUCCUGGACCAACCGGAUAAAUACAAGAUGGUCGCUAAGUAUCUGUUGACGCCGGAAGAGUUUGCCGAUUACAAUAGAAAGUUUCUACACAUUUGAUCGGGAAUACUCAUGGUAGUCUUAUAGUGUUACCAAGAUUUUAAUUUAGAGGUGCUAUAUGCUUAUAAUUAAGAUAUUUAAAAUUGUUUAACAUUGUGAUGGAGAGAUUAAAUUUUUACAACUUUGAAGCAUAGACCAUGUUCCAAGAAAAUAAUAACUUUAUAAUAUUA